AAAUGGGUCUGCAAAUCUCCGCCGCCUCCUUCUUCUUCCUCCUCCUCGCCGUCGCUUUCGCCCCUCCGACGAAACCGGACGCCUCGCUGAUCCAGAAGGCGUGCAGGAUCACCAAGUACUACGACCUCUGCCUCUCCUCCCUCAAGUCCGACCCCUCCAGCUCCCGCGCCGACCCCAAGGGCCUCGCCUCCAUCGCCCUCGCCGUCGCCCUCGCCAACGCCACCUCCACCUCCUCCUUCCUCUCCUCCCUCGUCGUCGGCUCCGGCGGCGCCGCGGGCGACCCCGCCCUGUCCCGGCUCCUCCGGGACUGCGCGGACAAGUACGGCCUCGCCGGGGACGCGCUCCAGGCGUCGGCGCGAGACCUGGCGGCGGAGGCCUACGACUACGCCUACAUGCACGUCAUGGCGGCGGAGGACUACCCGAGCGCGUGCCGCAACGCGUUCCGGAGGUCGCCGGGGACGGCCUACCCCCCGGAGCUCGCGCGGCGGGAGGACGGGCUCACCCGCAUCUGCGACGUCGUCAUGGGGAUCAUUGAUUUUCUCGGCCGGUGAUUAAAAUUCGAAAAAAAAAAUUCUCUAUCUUCUCUUUACGUACGCGAUUUUUUUUUGUAAUUGUUGUUUUUCCAUUUCGCUAAUUUAAUCAUUUGAAAAUUUAUUUUUAUUAAAA